AUGGCUGCUACUGGCAAGAGGGUGCCAUUGUCUAUCGGCACUGGGUCGAAGACUCAUAAAAAGUAUCUCGGAGAACCGGACGACCUUCACUACGUCCCCGAUUCGCCAUGGAUCGAGCGCCAGUUUUUCUCAGACGAGGACGAGGCGGAGCUGAAAUAUUCGUGUACAUUGGUCCUCGCCCAUGUCCCACAUUCGGAUGAUAUGUCGGACGAUCCUCUCAAAUAUAUCGCAGCUCAAAUCCAGGAAGGCAAGGCCGCACAACAGGCUCUGAAGCAGUCGGAGCGGACAUCUGCACCGGCACAAAGAAUCGAUGCCUCCAAUACCGAGAGUGUCACGCAACAUUUCCUUCAUCUAAAUCCAGAUACCGCUACUCCCUCCCUGUCCUCACACAGGGACACAGUCUCAACCCAAGACUAUUCAACCCCUCUUACAAGCGCUGGAUAUACGCCAGCAGACUCUGCACGCCGAUUCUCAGACGCCGCCCGCAAGUCCUAUAAUAGUUCUCAGAAACCUGGAAACGUCCACCGCAACGACCCUCAGUUACGGAGCAAGAGCAGGAAAACUUCCAACUCGGGCCUACACAGAUCAUUUGACACCACGAAUCCAUCUUUAGAGACAGAGGCCAUCAAGCGAACUCUUCGUCUGGUCACCGACGGCUAUUCAAGACCUCAAAGUGGUAGCAGUCUGAGAUCCAUGGACAACGUCAAUUCACUUCGGUUCUCAGCGCCAGAUCUGAACAAAUCCCUUCCUCCACCGCCGGCAGAUCCGAUUGAUAAUUCGGAAGAUCCAAAACAACUUCACAUAAGCCGACUGAUGAAGACCAUUCGCAAGAAAAAGAGUACAACUGCUCUCGACAAGGGCAGAAGUCUUUCAACAUCUAACGCUCCACCACCUUUACCGGUGACGACGAAAGCCCGCCAAGUACAACCAUCCAAGGCGGAAGCGCCAAGGACUCCAUAUCCCCCAGCUCGCGACGAAGAACAGACCAAGAAACGAUUCCACUUGCGGUUAUUCACGAGAAGGAAUCAUCGACCUGUCGAUGUCCUUGUUACAUAG